AUGGCCAGGACCAAGCAGACGGCUAGGAAGUCGACGGGAGGAAAGGCGCCGCGCAAGCAGCUGGCCACCAAGGCCGCGAGGAAGAGCGCGCCGGCGACCGGCGGCGUGAAGAAGCCUCACAGGUACAGGCCGGGCACGGUGGCGCUCAGGGAGAUCAGGCGCUACCAGAAGAGCACGGAGCUCCUGAUCAGGAAGCUGCCCUUCCAGCGGCUGGUGAGGGAGAUCGCCCAGGACUUCAAGACCGACCUCCGCUUCCAGUCCUCCGCCGUGUCCGCGCUGCAGGAGGCCGCCGAGGCCUACCUCGUCGGGCUCUUCGAGGACACCAACCUCUGCGCCAUCCACGCCAAGCGCGUCACCAUCAUGCCCAAGGACAUCCAGCUCGCGCGACGCAUCAGGGGCGAGAGGGGAAUAGUAGAACCUAGCAGGCAUGUUGCUUUGCUUUCUGUAGUGGUAGCUCGCCUCCUGGGCUCAGUUUCAAUGAAAUGUUACCUGUGUUUCAAUGCCUGCUGUCUGAAUGCUAUUUCUUCCAUGAUCUUCUCUAUUUUACUGAAUGAAUCUGGGUAUGUUGCCGACCGCCUGCCAAUGCUGAAGAAUAGUACACAAACCUGGCAGGACAGUAGUAAUGCCCUUUCACUGAAGAGCACAAGUUGGGUGAGGAUACAUGCUGCCAGCCAGUUGCAGACUGUUCCCCAUCUCUUCGACUUCAACAUGUUUCUUCUUCUCCUACUAGUUCUUGGUCAUACGUUCACCCUACAAAUUCUUGUGUCCUCUGUUGCCACCAACUUCAUUUCACCUGGCCAAGAACUUGUUUACGGUGACAAUCUUUUCUCCUUGGAUGGGAAGUUCGCGCUCGGCUUCUUCCAAACAGGCAGUAAGUCCCACAACACUUUGAACUGGUACUUUGGCAUUUGGUUCAGUAAAGUGCCCACAAUAACUCCAGUCUGGGUCGCAAACUGUGAUGAUCCAAUCAAAGAACCUGCCCUAGUUCGGUUCACAAUCUCCCGGGAUGGCAAUCUUGUUGUCUUAGACAAGCCUAACAAUUCCAUGAUAUGGUCUAGCCAAGUUAGUAUCAGAACCAACACGACUAUUGCCGUGCUCACGAACAAUGGAAACCUUGUCCUACAAAAUACCUUAAGCUCAUCUGACAUUUUAUGGCAGAGUUUUGAUCACCCAACAGAUACUUUCCUCCCCGGCGCAAAGAUUGGCUGGGACAAGGACACUGGUUUGACCCGCCGUCUUGUUUCCAGAAAGAACUUGAUUGACCCAGCUCGUGGCCGUUACUGUUAUGAGUUAGGUCCUAAAGGGUUGAUACUUACACCUUUGAACUCAUCCAUAGUGUACUGGUCUAGCGGGGAAUGGAAUGGACAGUAUUUUAGCUUGAUACCAGAGAUGGUAAGCCACAACUUGAUAGACUUCAAAUUUGUAAACAACAAGCAUGAAGAGUACUUCACAUUCACCUUGCUGAAUGACACGAUGAUCAUGCAUCACCGCCUUGAUGUAUCUGGUCAAAUGAAGACAUUAAUUUGGGAUGAGGUCUCACAGGCUUGGCUAGGUUCCUACUCCAACCCUAAAGCUCAAUGUGAUGUCUAUGCUCUCUGUGGACCAUUCACUGUGUGCAGUGACAACCCAGCUCAAUAUUGUAGCUGUAUGAAGGGCUUCUCCAUAAGAUCGCAAGAGGAUUGGGAGCUAAGUGACAGAAGCGGUGGAUGUGUGAGAAAUACUCCUUUAAACUGUAAAAGUAACAGGAGUACUACAGGAAUGACUGAUGAAUUCUACUCCAUGUCUAAUGUGGAACUGCCUCAGAAUGCUUACAAGAUAGGUGCUGCUACUAGUGCUAGAGAAUGUGCAAAUGUUUGCCUGAGAUAUUGCUCUUGCACUGCAUAUUCUUUCAUCGACAGUAUAUGCACUAUUUGGCACGAGGAACUCAUCAAUGUAAAGCAACAGCAUAUUGACACUAUGGAUACAAAUGGUGCAGUACUUUAUCUUCGCCUUGCUGCAAAAGAGAUGCAAACUCGAAAAUCAGGCAAAAGAGUGACAAUCAGGGUUACCACAAUUAUCAUUGUCACUGCAUUGAGUUUGCUGGCACUUAUAUUGCUAGUUUUCCUACUGACUAUUUUGAGAAACAAUCGGGGGCGGUCUGGUGGCACGCUGAAAAAUCUCCAAGACGGUGGUGGAAUUAUUGCAUUUAGGUACACUGAUUUGCAGCGGGCAACGAAAAAUUUCCUGGAGAAGCUAGGUGCCGGUGGCUUUGGUUCCGUGUUCAAGGGAUAUCUAACUGAAUCAGCUACAAUAGCAGUGAAAAGGAUCGAUGGGGCUUGUCAAGGAGAAAAACAAUUCAGGGCUGAGGUGGCUUCAAUCGGAGUUAUACAACAUAUCAAUUUAGUUAGACUGAUUGGUUUUUGUUGCGAGGGUGAACGGAGGUUGCUUGCAUAUGAGCACAUGCCAAAUCGCUCUCUUGACAUGCAUCUAUUUCAGAACAACAGCACAGUUUUAGGCUGGAGUACUAGGUAUAAAAUAGCUCUGGGAGUUGCUAGAGGACUGGCCUACCUGCAUGAGAGGUGCCAAGACUUGAUCAUACACUGUGACAUCAAGCCGCAAAAUAUACUUCUGGAUGCAUCAUUUGUUGCUAAAAUUGCUGACUUCGGUAUGGCCAAGUUAAUGGGGAGGGAUUUUAGUCGGGUUCUGACUACAGCUAGGGGAACUGCAGGAUACCUUGCACCAGAAUGGAUAAGCGGGGUUGCUAUCACAGCAAAAGUCGACGUUUACAGCUACGGGAUGGUGUUAAUGGAAAUCAUAUCAGGAAGACAGAACUCAAUUGAACAAUACAAUGCAGGUGGUGAUUGCGCUGUUUUCUUCCCCGUGCAUGCUGCGCAAAUGCUUCUUGAGGGAGAUGUGGCGAGCUUGGUGGAUGAAAAAUUAUCUGGUGAUGUAAAUCUAGAGGAGGCUGAACGGCUAUGCAAGGUUGCUUGUUGGUGCAUUCAGGAUGACGAGUCUGAUCGACCCACAAUGGGCGAAGUUGUUCGUAUUCUAGAGGGUCUGCUUGACCUUGAAGUGCCGCCGAUGCCACGGCUACUUGAGGCGAUUACAAGGAGCUCACUUCCAACAUCCUCCUACUUCUGUAAUCCAUCAGAAUAAUGAAGCUGUACAUGUGAAACAAGCAUCUAUAUUAUUCAAGUCAGUAAGCUAGUACCGUUCGUCCAUACCAGCCUCCAGGUGUGUAUAUCAUUAUGCAUUUCUUUGACAACCUUGUAUUUUCCUUUUUUCCUGUGGACGGUGCAACAAAGUGGUUUGCUUUAUUUUACGCCACAUUUGCAAAUUCUCCCUGUUUCCACUGUCUCCGGCAGACUGGCAGAGUGUCAAUUCAGGGGAGUUUGGCCUAUGUUCACAGGAGCAUGUAAUGCAAUUCUA